CAUAAUCAGUUCGUUGAAACAAACCACAGUCCCGACAUUCGUGUCUCAAGUGUACCGUUUAAUAUAUUGAAAUUGAUAAAAGAAUAGCUUUUAUUUCAAUCGAAUAGCAAAAUGAAAGUGGCCAUUGUCGGAGGAGGAGUUGUUGGUUUAACGACAGCUUUACAAUUGCAACAAGAGUUACAUAACGCUGAAAUUACGGUUUUCGCUUCCGAUUUCGAUCGUACCGUGAGUCAUGUCGCUGCUGGGAUAUUCAGAAUUAGCUCUUCGUACUCUGGACCAACUGAAAAUAUAACCAAAGAAUGGAUACGAGAUUCAUACGAGUAUUACGAUGAUAUCCGUAAGACGCGCGAAGCUUCACUCGCCGGAGUAACUAGUAUUUCCGGUUACAUAUUUGCCAACUCCUCGGUGGAGACCGUUAAGAGUUACUGGCUCGAAGACUUGGUGCCAGUAUAUAGGAGAGCUACGGACGAGGAGUUUCGAUUAGUCGAGGGUAACUGGAAAUACGGUUCGUUCUUAACGACUCUCCUUACCGACUGUAAGCUGUACCUUCCAUGGGCUCGCAGAAAACUACAAGAAGGUGGAACCAAACUGACGAUAAGGAAAUUGAAUUCCCUCGCAGAACUUGCUACAGACUGGGACUUAAUUAUGAACUGCACAGGCUUUGGUGCACGCACCCUGUGUAACGAUAGAUGUCUCGUUUCUCUACGGGGUCAAGUGAUCAAAGUACAUGCACCGUGGAUAAAAACAUUCUUUUACGGCGAGUUGAACACUUACAUUAUACCACGAUUUAACGGCGUAGUUACCCUUGGUGGAACAAGGAGUUUCGAUUGUGAUAAUAUAAGUCUAUGCCGUCACGAGUCCGCGGCGAUUCGCGAGAGAUGCGACAAUUUAGUUCCAUCCCUUAAAAAGGCCACAGUUUUACAAGAGGAAGUCGGCUUGAGGCCGCACAGAGAAAACAACGUUCGCGUAGAGGCUGAGCGUAUUACAAACGGACAUUCCAAAGCUAUCCUGGUGCAUAAUUAUGGACAUGGUGGAUACGGAGUAUGUACCGCUCCUGGAACUGCCAAAUACGCCGUACAAUUAGCAAAGGAAAUGCAUAGGUCCUCUGUUGCAAAAUUAUAACUACGAACGAGUGCUACAAAACAUUAACAU